GGCGCGCUUGCGCACGGAGUCCGGUGCCCGCGCGCUCCCCCCCUCCUCCUCCCGGGCCCCUGCUGCCGCUGGAACCCUUCUUCCUCACUCUCCGGGUGGUAGCACGGACGUCCACCGGCGUGGACAUGCCGGAGAUCAGCCUCCGCCACGUCGUGUCCUGCAGCAGCCAGGACUCGACCCAUUGUGCAGAAAACCUCCUCAAGGCGGACACUUACCGGAAGUGGCGGGCAGCUAAGGCAGGCGAGAAGACCAUCUCCGUGGUCCUCCAGUUGGAGAAGGAGGAGCAGAUACACAGCAUAGACAUUGGGAAUGACGGCUCAGCCUUUGUAGAGGUGCUGGUGGGCAGCUCGGCCGGAGGGACCACAGCUGGCGAACAGGACUAUGAGGUCCUUCUGGUCACCUCCUCUUUCAUGUCCCCUUCUGAGAGCCGAAGUGGCUCGAACCUGAACCGAGUUCGUAUGUUUGGACCUGACAAGUUAGUCCGGGCAGCAGCAGAGAAGCGCUGGGACCGCGUUAAAAUUGUGUGCAGCCAGCCAUACAGCAAGGACUCCCCCUAUGGCCUGAGUUUUGUGAGGUUUCACAGCCCUCCAGACAAAGAUGAGGCGGAGGCUCCGUCCCAGAAGGUGACCGUGACCAAGCUCGGCCAGUUCCGUGUGAAAGAGGAGGAUGACAGUGCCCACUCCCUGAAGCCAGGGGCCCUCUUCUUCGGCCGCAUCAGCAAGCCGUCUUCAGCCUCUGCUAGCGACCCAGCAGGACCCAGCUACGCAGCAGCUACGCUGCAGGCCUCAAGUGCGGCCUCCUCUGCCUCUCCAGUCUCCAAGGCUUUGGGUAGCUCUUCCAAGCCCCAGGAGUCUCCCAAAGGGAAGAGGAAACCAGACUUGAAUCUAGAAGACAGGAAGCCUCCCAGCAAACCUUCAGCAGGGCCACCUGUCCUCAAGAGACCCAAAUUGCCUGUUCCUGGUCGCGCCCCAGCUGCUGCCCCUGCCUCUACCCCAGCACAGAAGACAGUCCCAGGGAAGCCCCGCGGAGACAGCACGGAGCCCAGGGUAGCUCGAGCUGGCCCCCAGGAGCUGGGGAAGAUUCUGCAGGGUGUGGUGGUGGUGCUCAGUGGCUUCCAGAACCCCUUCCGCUCAGAGCUUCGGGACAAAGCCCUGGAGAUGGGGGCCAAGUAUCGGCCAGACUGGACCCCGGACAGCACACACCUCAUCUGUGCCUUCGCCAACACUCCCAAGUACAGCCAGGUCCUGGGCCUCGGAGGCCGCAUCGUGCGUAAAGAGUGGGUGCUAGACUGUCACCGCAUGCGCCGCCGGCUGCCCUCCCGGAGGUACCUCAUGGCAGGUCUUGGCUCCAGCAGUGAGGACGAGGGGGACUCUCCCAGUGAGAGCGGUGAAGAGGAAACUCCCAAGCUUCCCCGAAAGCAGCCCCAGGCUAAAGCCAAGACCCAGGCAGCAGGACCCAGCUCACCCCAAAGACCACCAACUCCAAAAGACACCAAAGCAUCCUCACCAGGACCCCAGGACAAUAGUGACACCGAGGGAGAACAGUCAGAAGGGCAGGACAAUGGGGCGGAAGAUUCCGGGGACACCGAGGAUGAACUGAGGAGGGUGGCCAAGCAGAGUGAGCCGAGGCAGCCCCCAGCUCCAGGGGAGAACGGUGAAGACCCGUAUGCUGGCUCCACAGAUGAGAACACAGACAACGAGGCUUCCAUGGAGGCUGACCUGCCGAUUCCAGAGCUCCCAGACUUCUUCCAGGGCAAACACUUCUUCCUGUACGGGGAGUUCCCUGGGGAUGAGAGGAGGAAGCUCAUCCGAUACGUGACCGCUUUCAAUGGUGAGCUCGAGGACUACAUGAGUGAGCGGGUCCAGUUUGUUAUCACAGCCCAGGAGUGGGACCCCAGCUUUGAGGAGGCCCUGAUGGACAACCCUUCCCUGGCAUUCGUCCGGCCCCGGUGGAUCUACAGUUGUAACGAGAAGCAGAAAUUACUCCCCCACCAGCUGUAUGGGGUGGUGCCCCAGGCCUGAGCGUACACACCUGUGUGCACACACAUGGCUUUAAUAAAGGGGACUUUGUUUGGA